CCAAUCCUGUGAUAUGUAUCUGAAUAUGGUGCUGCCGCCUAUCUUUUACAAAACCAAACUACGUUUCUGAAAAAGCAUUAACCGACACAGUCGAACGAAGAAGUUUGCUGGAGGUCCUGUAUAAUAAACCGAUUGAGUAGCAGUGAACAAUGGCACGUACCAAGCAAACUGCACGUAAGUCAACAGGAGGUAAAGCUCCCAGGAAGCAACUUGCAACUAAAGCUGCACGUAAAAGUGCACCAUCUACGGGAGGUGUAAAAAAACCACAUCGUUAUAGGCCUGGUACUGUAGCUCUCAGAGAAAUCAGAAGAUACCAGAAAUCGACUGAGUUGUUGAUCAGAAAAUUACCAUUUCAACGUUUAGUUCGUGAAAUUGCACAGGAUUUCAAGACAGAUUUGCGAUUCCAGAGUGCUGCAAUUGGAGCAUUGCAAGAAGCUUCUGAAGCAUAUUUAGUUGGAUUGUUUGAAGACACAAACUUAUGUGCAAUUCACGCUAAACGCGUUACGAUAAUGCCUAAAGAUAUUCAGCUGGCCAGACGAAUUCGUGGUGAACGCGCUUAAACUGUUCAUAUUUCAGAUUCUUUGAAGUCUUUCUUUUUUCAAAUUCAUAUUGUUUUCAUAUUUGAAUGUUCUUAAAAUCAAAUUCAUUGUAGCUUAGUUUCUUUCAUAUAAGCCAUUAUAAUAAGUAUAAGUAAUUACACUGCCAAGUUCUAUAAGCUCUGAUACGCAGAGAUGAAGGAUAUGUAACCAUCAUCAUAUCAAAUAGUUUAGCCGAAAACAUAUAUCAUUUAAAUAUAAACGGUAUACGGAAGGCGCAAAGCGGAGUAUGUAGAUCGUAACAAAUAGUAAUAGUACUUUGCAUAAUUCAUAUUUUAUUAUUAUAUAUAACAAUAAGUAACGUACGCGAUAUAUAAGCAAUAUAACAAUAUGUAGAUUUAAUAUUUUACAAAAAAAAGUCAGUUAUCGCUACCUUAUUUACUUCGUGGUUAAUACAUUUUCUAUAUACAAUUUUCUAUAUUGAUGUUAAGUUAGAUCAUAGAUUAGAUUAAAUUUAUAAUAUAUAAGAUAGUUGUGCAAGUAAAUAUACAUAGUAACAUUUCAUGAAGGAAAGUCAAGUGCUAUUGGAUUAUGUAUGAGAAGUGUCAUGUUAUCUACAUGUUGUUAAUUGUAUUUACAUGAUUGGAUUAUCAAAAUUGAUUUGCACGUAUAUACUUCAUUUUUAUGAAUUAACAAAUCUAUCAUCAUAAAAUUACAUUUCAUUAUUAAUUAGGUUGUUAUUUUAAUAAUUAUAAUGAUAGUAAUAAAAAAACGCAGUUCAUAACACUAAAUUAAUGUAAAUGAUCCAUAAAAUUUUUUAAUAAACUUAACUUGAAUUGUUUUCCUGACAAAAUGAAAUCAUUUUUUAAAUAUAUUUUCCCGAUCAAAAUCUAUAACUACAAUUAUUUGUCAAGAAAGUAUUUUUUAAUUUUAAACAAAUUUGUUUCACAAAAAAUUCGUAAACGUAAAUCUUUUUAUUGCUAUUAUUAUCAAUUCUCGAAUACAUGACAUUGGUACGAUCGGUAAUUAUAAGGAUUACGUCAUCAAUGUAAAUAUCAUUUUAUAUUUAUAUCAGUAUUUUAUUGUUUUUUGAAAUGAAUAUUAGUAUAACAUAUGUUUUAUAAACGUACAAUGGAAAAUGCAAAAGACAUCAGAAAUUCAUCGAUGUAUAUCAUUAAUAACAAUUAAUAUCUGAUAUUGUGUUUAUAUUUACAAAAUAUUUUUGGUACAAUGGAAGUGUAAUUCAGAUCACAAUACCACAAAAAAUCAAGAAACUUAUUAAUAUAAUCGACUUUAGUACAAUUCAAUUUCCGCCGUUAAGUUCAAUUGACAAAAGCGCCAAAAUUCAAUAAUUUCGCUAGCUCGACAUCGCUCUACAUCGCUCGAUAUCACUCGACAUUGUUCGAACAUUAUUUACGUUUAGACACACAAUGGCGUCUAUUUUUCCGAACAGAAAACGUAGAAGAAGCUUCCAAUGGCCAGAAUAAUCACACAACGCCCAUUUCAAGAACAUGCAUUUGGAAGGGCAAUAAAAAAUUACUAGCUUGAUAACUACUCUAAUAUCAAGAUGACGUGUCCUUCUUAUACGUAUCCUCUACAGAUUUUCCAUAUCUUUCUGGAGGUUUCCACGAAAUGACUGAUUUCAUUGUAGCUAGAAUUACAUGACAAAAGUCGCAAAACGACUCUGUGCCCAGCUCUAUAAAUUUCAACUCGGUUUUUGCAAUCUAUUACAAGGAUAACACCUCUCAAUACUCUACAAUGCUCAUGCAAAUUCUUCCCUAAAACAGAAAACAUAUUGAUUUACUUAAUUUGUACAAAGAAUAGGAUGACAAUUAUUAUUCGUAAAAACGAGGUUGCUGCUGUGAGUAGUAUCAUGUAUAUUACAAUUGACAGGGUUCUUCACGGUUCGCACUCUAGGCGUAGGAGGCUGAGCCAAUCGCAUGUGUUACACUAUGAAGCUCAGCUGCUAUCCGACAUCCGAUUGGAUGCAGUGCACCGCGGGCUUACGUGCCUCUCGCAAUUUAAUUUCUAGGGGGUAGGGACAAGGGAGUCGUGACUUGGGAGAGCGUCCACUGCCAUCGAAGUACAAGGAAACGGAUAGUGCUAGCUCUCGCUUCUCGUAGAAUUUUUCCCUUAAUUGAGUAAACAAUGGCACGUACCAAGCAGACAGCUCGUAAAUCAACAGGAGGUAAAGCUCCUCGUAAACAAUUAGCCACAAAAGCAGCACGUAAGAGCGCACCAUCUACUGGUGGAG